UAGUACCAGCACUCCUUCAAAUAAACAUAAACAUAUACAUACAUAAAUAUAUCAAUGCCUAGUUUCUGCUGUUAGGAUAUCCCCUCAACCCCCACCACAGAUAUGAACCACCACCAUGUUCUUCUAUUUAUCAUAAUUUGUUGCAUACCACAUGCAACUAAUGGUAUCCAGUUCAAUUACCCAGCAGUUUUCAACUUUGGUGACUCAAAUUCUGAUACCGGCGAUCUAGUCGCCGGUAUUGGUGACCAUCUAGACCCCCCAAAUGGUCAGACUUAUUUCAAAGGACCUUCUGGGAGGUUUUGUGAUGGCCGCCUUAUAGUUGACUUCCUAAUGGAUGCAAUGGACUUGCCUUUCUUAAACGCAUACUUGGAGGCUCUUGGGGUUCCAAAUUUCCGCAAAGGAUGCAAUUUUGCUGCAGCUGGAUCCACUAUAUUACCACCAACUCUAAAUGCGGUCAGCCCGUUCUCAUUUGGAAUUCAAGUGGCUCAGUUUUUGCGCUUCAAAUCUCGGGUUCUGCAGUUGCAAGCCAAGUCAAGAAGGUUCAACAAGUACUUACCAGAUGAAGAUUACUUUAGCCAGGGGCUAUACAUGUUUGAUAUUGGCCAAAACGAUAUUGCUGGUGCAUUUUACUCAAAAUCCUUCGACCAAAUUGUGGCUUCGAUUCCAUCUGUUUUAGCUGAAUUUGAAACUGGUAUCAAGAAGCUAUACGAUCAAGGAGGACGAAACUUUUGGAUCCAUAACACCGGGCCAGUCGGAUGCCUAGCCCAAAACAUCGCAAAGUUUGGGACAGAUCCUUCGAAACUGGAUGCCCAAGGUUGUGUUUCUGCCCACAACCAAGCGGCCAAUAUUUUCAAUAUACAACUACAUGCUCUUGUCACAAAAUUGCAAGCUCAGUUUUCAGAUGCCAAUCUGACUCAUGUUGACAUCUUCACGAUAAAAUCGAAUCUCAUUGCAAAUUACUCAAGAUACGGUUUUGAACAACCAACGCAGGCUUGUUGCGGCUACGGAGGUCCACCUCUAAAUUACAACAGUCAGGUACCUUGCGGUCAAACAAAAACCAUAAAUGGUAGCUCCAUCACAACCACCGUAUGCAAUGAUACAACUGAAUAUGUGAAUUGGGAUGGAAUACACUACACGGAGGCUGCAAAUCAGCACAUUGCUUCACAGAUACUUACGGGAAAGUUUUCAGAUCCACCAUUUGCUGACAAAAUGCCAUUUCUUUUGAACCUUAAGUUUUAACAAGUCUAAAUUUAGCAGUCUAUUCAAUUCAUUUGGAUUCCUACUAAACACUGCCCAUGCACUACAUAAGAUAUUGUCUAUCACUUCAAAAUUAUUUAAAA